GCUGUCAGGCGCAGUUAUGUGCGUCGGAAGACUCAGCGGACUCUUUACUCUGACAAACUCUGACUGAAAGACGACCUGCAGCGCGACACGCAGAAAAGGAAGCUUUUUCUUUUUUGUUGGUUUUUAAUCAAAUCAAAGUUUAAAAACACCCUACUAAAUAGUUUGUUUAUGCGCAAAAGAGGAAUUUAAGCGAGAACUGAACCAUAUGGACGCUGCAAAGAUAUAAUAAAAGGACUCUAUUUUAAAGAACCUCCUGGAUAUUUACUCUCUUUAUAAAUAUAUAAACCAGAGAGCCCUCAUAGAGCACCCAGGGAGAGAUAGAGAUGGAUGUGGCUGCUGAUCAGCCCCGUUGGAUGCAUCCCCACGCAACCAUGCUGAAUGGACAACACCCGGACUCCCACCACCCCGGCCUGGGCCACAGCUACAUGGAGCCCACCACACAGCUGCUGCCUCCAGAUGAGGUGGACGUUUUCUUUAAUCACCUGGACUCGCAGGGAAACCCUUAUUACCCAAACACAGCCCGGGCCAGGGUGUCCUACAGCCAAGCGCACGCUCGUCUGACCGGGACUCAGGUCUGCCGGCCUCAUCUCCUCCACAGCCCGGGGAUCUCGUGGCUUGACGGAGGGAAAGCAGCCCUGUCGGCCCAUCACCAUAACGCCUGGGCCGUAAGCCCCUUCAGCAAACCCAGCCUGCACCAUCCGGGCUCCGCUUCCCCAGGCGCGCUCUCUGCUGUCUACUCCUGCAGCAGCAACUCAAACGCGCCCAGCGCAUCUUCUCUGACGCCGCAGUCUCAAAGCAGCUCCCACCCUUACACUUUCCCCCCUACACCACCCAAAGACGUAUCCCCGGACCCGGGAGCCGCGUCCCCUUCCUCCUCCGCCGCCCUCAGGAUGGACGAAAAGGAAUCUAUCAAAUAUCAAUUGUCUUUAACGGACAGCAUGAAGAUUGAGGAUUCCAAUCAGCUGAGAAACAGCCUGGCUUCAAUGAGCGCACAGACCCCAUCUGCCCACCAUCCCAUACCACCUUACAACCCGUACUCCCUCCCAACGCCCCACGACUAUGGCAGCAGCCUGUUCCACCCGGGGAGCCUGCUGGGGUCCACGCAUGGCUUCCCCCACAAGAGCAAGAGCAAGGCUCGGUCCUGCACCGAGGGCCGUGAGUGUGUUAACUGUGGAGCCACUUCCACACCUCUCUGGAGACGGGACAGCACUGGACACUACCUGUGCAAUGCCUGCGGACUCUACCACAAAAUGAAUGGCCAGAACAGACCGCUCAUCAAACCCAAACGGAGGCUGUCGGCUGCCAGACGAGCAGGCACCUGUUGUGCUAACUGUCAGACGACCACCACCACACUCUGGCGGCGCAACGCAAAUGGAGACCCAGUAUGCAAUGCCUGUGGCCUCUACUACAAGCUGCAUAACGUGAACCGGCCUCUCACCAUGAAAAAGGAGGGAAUACAGACUCGGAAUCGGAAGAUGUCUAACAAGUCCAAAAAGAACAAGCGAGCCGGCGACAGCUAUGAGGAGUUCUCCAAAAGUCUGCAUGACAAGAACUCCCCUUUCAGUGCAACGUCACUGGCUGGUCACAUGACCAUGGGCCACUUGCCACCUUUUAGCCACGCUGGACACAUGCUCCCCACGCCCACCCCUAUACACCCCUCAUUUGGACAUCCUCACCACUCUAAUAUGGUUACAGCGAUGGGCUAAGGUGGAGACACGGACCUCUGCAGAGAUUUGAAAAUGGUUGUAUAUGACUGUAAAGAACUGGGUGUAAAACAACCUGCAGAGAUGCAAUGGAUACGUCUUUAUAUCCUAUGUGUCUUGAUUGAUUGUUUCAGUCACAGGUUGAAAAACAGAAAGGCGCUUGUAUUCUUUCAUCAACAGGUACAGAAUGUGCUGGAAAAGCUUGGGGCCUUCUUUUUCUUUUUGUUUUUUUUUUGCCAGGCACAUAAAAAACAUGUCUUUGCACCAUAUAAGUUUGUCCCCACUGACUGCUUGAAUAGUGCAGGUUCAACAUGUGCUGAGGAGGUUUGUAGUUACUGUGAAUAUUGUAAAUGUGUGAGACUGGGGGAGCAACCCAGACAGAAAAAAAAAAAAAAAUCCUUUCACCACUUAAAAUAUGCCGGCCUUUUGAUGAUUUUGAAAGCAGAGAAAACUUUCAUUUUAAAACUGUCUAUUAUAAAUAUUGUUAUUGUAAUUAAUAUUGUUAUUCAGAUAAUUUAUUUUCACUAUUGUUUCUUCUUUUGUCUAUAUUCUCUGAUUUAUGAUAUGGAUACAGCUAUUGAGGUUCUGAGUAUAUUUUUAGCUGAAGCGCUUUGUCUGAACUGGUCAACCUUUAUACUCUAACAAAUAAAGAGAUUAAGUUCACUAUA